AUGAGCAGCACAAAGGCCACCCGGUCAAGUAAUCUCAUUCUAGACUACUGUUUAUUGUUUGGUAACAGUGUGUUAGUGCUGUUUGAUUCAGGAGCUUUGCACUCCUUCAUAUCCCUCCACUAUGUGAAGAAACUGGGGUUGUCAACUCGUGACCUGGGAUGCGAGUUAAUAGUCUGGACACCAGCAUCUGGACAGGUUUCAACCAAUUCUGCCUAUGUUGGAUGCUCGUUGGAAGUUGAGGGCCGAAGAUUCAAGGUGAAUCUUAUAUGCUUGCCUUUGGAGGGAUUGGAAGUAAUAUUGGGAAUGGACUGGUUGUCUAUCAACCAUGUCGUGAUUGACUGUGGACGACGCAGAGUGGUAUUCCUAGAGGCACAGGGGGUAGAGUUGAUAUCAUCGUAG